AUGACAAACAUUGUAGUAUUGGCUGCUUGCUGGAGGGUUUCACCGACGCUGCCUGCGGUGUUGUACGACUGUCCAGAGCCGCGCCUCUUUCUGCCUGUGCAGGACGAGAAAAGCGCGGCGCUGCGGCAGCAGGCCUCUCCAGACAGGCUGUCCGUCACUUUCGGCGGCGGCGAGGAGGCCGUCUUCUCGCCAGGGUCUCCGCCAGCCGCCGCCAUGGACAAGGUUCGCUUCCCGGGGGACGCCGCGCCACCACCUGUCGCCGCUGAAAAAUGCCAGAGUAAAGAUGGCCUUCUAAAAUAUGGCACUGGAGACUUACACGACACAGAACAAGAGGAAGACCCCGGCUACAUUGGAACGAUGGAGACGGCUAUCUCCGUGGAGGAGUGCAUCACGCAGGAGCAGAUCGUGGAGCGGCUACGGCUGCACAAGGAGGUGCUGAGCAGCGUGAAGCAGCAGCCGUGGGGCAUGCGGCGCAAGCUGAGGCUGGUCAAGCAGGCCAAGGCGUACGUGAAGCAGCACGAGGGCGAGCUGCGGGAGCGGCGCACCACGCGCCACCUGCUCUCCAGGUGCCACCUGCUCGUCAUCAAGCGGUGGCAGCACACCCGGCGCGAGCUGGACAACCUGAUGAACGCGCUGAUCCCGUGGGAGCUGCGUAUCAAGCAGAUCGAGUCGCACUUCGGCUCCGUGGUGGCCUCCUACUUCACCUUCCUGCGCUGGCUCUUCUGGGUCAACCUCGUCAUCACCGUGCUGCUGGUCGCCUUCGUCGCCAUCCCAGAGGUGAGCGCAGCGCGGCGCGACAUUCGUCAUAGCUAUCAGCGUGUGCAUCUGUCGAAGUGUAAUGUUCGCAAGGAGAUGCUACCGCGCGAGCGGCGCACGGCCACCAACCUGGACACGCUGUGGGACUUCGACGGCGUGCUCAAGUACUCGCCCAUCUUCUACGGCUACUACACGAACCGCGACGCCGCCGACACGGGUUACCGCCUGCCCUUCGCCUACUUCAUGACCGGCAUCGCCGUCUACGCCUACAGUUUCGUCGCGACACUGCGCAAGAUGGCAGAGAAUUCCCGCAUGAGCAAGCUGUCCGAGAAGGACGACGAGUGUGUGUUCACGUGGAAGCUGUUCACCGGCUGGGACUACAUGAUCGGCAACGCGGAGACAGCUCACAACCGCGUGGCGUCCAUCGUGCUGGGCUUCAAGGAGGCGCUGCUCGAGGAGGCCGAGCGGCGUCGCGACGCCCGCAAUUGGCGGGUGCUCUGCCUGCGGGCAUUGGUGAACCUGGCUGUGCUGGUGCUGCUGGCGUCUUCCGCCUACGCCGUCGUGGAAGUUGUGAAGCGCUCCAAUCAGACGUCACCCAGCGACAGCUGGUGGCGGCAGAACGAGAUCACGGUGGUGAUGUCGCUCAUCCAGUACGUCUACCCCAUCCUGUUCGAGGUGCUGGGACUACUCGAGAGCUACCACCCGCGCAAGCAACUACGCAUACAACUCGCGAGGAUAAUGGCGCUUAACAUGCUUAGUCUCUACACGCUGAUCAUAGCGCUGUUCGACAAGAUUAAAGAUAUGACCGCAGACCUGGAGGACCUGCGGCCGCUGAUAAAGGGCAUCCAGCAGCAGCAGACGACGACGACGCCUCCGUACGCCGCAGAGGGCAGCAGCUGCCGCCAGGUGGCCGUGCAGUGCCCGUCUCCCGCUGCCGCCGCGGCCGCCGCCCUGUCCCUCGGCCUGCUGCUCGCCUCCAGCCCCACGGCUCCUCCCAUCACCACAGACUUGGCCGUCCACCGGCACACCGGCGAAGGAGCCUUCACCGAAGCCACCAGUGACUUCUUGUCGACCUCCUCCGGGCAGCUCACCAUCACAACAGAAGUCGACUACUUGCUGAACUACACCGAACCUGAGGAAGGAGAACAACAGAGCGUCUCAGGCAGCUUACAGACACGCACAUGGUCAACUGACUUAACCUCGAGUACAGUCAUCGCCUCGGAAUCGGAAGACUCCACAUCAAGUGAGUUCAGCAUGUCCAGUGAGUCUUCAUCGACUGCCGACACCGAAUAUGAGAGCGACUCCACAUCGGACACAGCGCCAUCGCAAGCCCCUCUACAUGCCUCGACGUCGCUACCACUAGAAAGCACCAUGUCUACAGUCCCGAACACAAUUGCGGUCUCCGACGGGUCCGAAACCAAUGAGACGUCAAUGCUUCCCACUGUCAAGACGACCACCGAGGUGCCUUCUCCGGCUUCCGCGGUCACCCACAAUGAAGACGGGCUCAGCCACACCACAACGGCACCCACGCCACCAGUAAGUGGGCACCCACACACAGCUCCCAACAGAAGCUGCUAUAUCUGGCAGUGCGACGCCACCACGCCUCAGCCAAAAAACAGUGCCGGCUCGACAAUUUGUUCUGGUACGCUGGAUGGACAGUUGAACGAAACAAUUCGGGAGCGGUUGCGAGACCGUUGUUGGGAAACUAUGUUCGGCCAGGAACUCAUGAAGCUCACCGUCAUGGACUUGGUAAGUCAAACUGAAUGUAUUUUAUGCUGCAACAGCACUUUCAAAGUGACGUUCCUCUCAUUGUUGCUUAUCGUUGAUCGUAAACAUUGA